GUUGUUUUGAAACAGGCUUCAAACCAAACCGUGUCGAUGGGUUUAAGCCGUGCGAUCCAUAAUGGUGAUGCUGGCGUUCGUUUCAAACUGCCGAAGGGGUCGUCGCUCGGGAUCGCAUACGUUGACGACGACCGGAUCUCCCACGGAAGACGAAGGGUAAGAGGAACAGAGAGUUCGGACAUCAGAUCUCUUUGUUUUCCCACCGGAUCGACUGCGACAGGCAUUGGUAUGGAAGUCUCAGACUUGAGUGGAACUAUGGAUGUGACAGCUAUUUUAGCAUCAUCCCCUUAUGAUAAAUGGUUUGCACUUUCAACCUCGGGCUGGUGCCCAUCAGCACGAUAUAAGCAUGCAGCAGAAUUUGUCAAUGAAAGACUCUAUGUAGUUGGUGGAAGUCGUAAUGGCAGAUAUUUGUCAGAUGUUCAGGUAUUUGAUUUUAGGACAUUGAGAUGGUCUACUUUAAGACUUGAGGUAGACAAAGAUGGUUCCAGGUUGGACACAGUUGAUCAAGAAAAGGGCUUCCCUGCAGUGGCAGGCCACAGCUUGGUGAACUGGGAAAACAAGCUUCUAGUUGUUGCUGGAUUUACAAAGGAAUUGUUGGAUUAUGUGACAAUUUGGUCCAUUGAUCUAGAAACUAACAUCUGUUCAUUCGUUGCGACCUAUGGUAAAAUUCCGAUAGCUAGAGGAGGGCAAUCCACAACUUUGGUUGGUUCUAAACUUUUUAUGUUUGGUGGAGAAGAUAGAAAGAGGAAGCUGUUAAAUGACCUUCAUACCCUUGAUUUGACUACAAUGACGUGGGAGGAGAUUGGAACCAAGAAUGCAUCUCCAGCACCAAGAUUUGAUCAUUCAGCUGCAGUAUAUGCAGAUCAAUAUCUUCUCAUCUUUGGCGGUUCAUCUCAUUCAAUCUGUUUCAAUGAUUUACAUUUACUAGAUUUGCGGACUAUGGAAUGGUCACAGCCACAAACUCAGGGUGCAUAUGUGACUCCUAGAGGUGGUCAUGCUGGCACCUUAGUAAAUGAAAACUGGUACAUAGUAGGAGGCGGAGAUAAUAUUAGUGGAGCCACUGAAACUGUUGCCUUGAAUAUAUCCAAGCUUGUGUGGUUGAUCACCACAAAUGUAGGGAAACGUGAUCCACUUGCUAGUGAGGGUCUUACUCUAUGCUCAGCAGUGCUGGAUGGUGAAAAGUUCAUCAUUGCCUUUGGUGGUUACAAUGGGAAAUAUAACAAUGAGAUAUUUGUUCUAAAAAUUAAACCUAAAGAGCCAUUGCAACGACGACUUCUUCAAUCACCAGCAGCUGCAGCGGCUGCCGCUUCUGUAACUGCUGCAUAUGCUAUAAUCACUGCAACUGAUGAGAAAAACAUAGCUAUGAGAAAUUCAGUCAAUCCAGAUGUCAAAAGCAAUGAAAUUGAGAAUGUUCAGAAGCUUAGUGCUAUUGAUACUGAUACUCUUAAAGCAGAAAACAAGUUAUUAGAAUCGAGGAUAAUGCAAGCAAGAGAUGAGAAUUCAAGGCUACAGACCAAGAUUGAUGAGAUGAAUACUACCCAUACUGAAUUAUUGAAGGAACUUCAAUCGGUGCAAAAUCAACUUACAGCUGAAAGUGCACGAUGUCUAAACUUGGAGACACAUAUUGCUGAAAUGCAGAAAAGCCUGGAGUCAUUUAGUUCUUUAGAACAUGAGAUCGAUAUGCUACGUCAUCAGAAAUCUCAAGUAGAUCAGGAGAUGGUUGUAGUACAGAAACAGAGAUCUGGGGGUGUCUGGCAAUGGCUUUCUGGCACCGCUGAUGAUGUUUAGUGAAAUCAAUUUCACACUCUUGGUGCUUUUUCUGGAAACAGCAGCAUGAACGGAGCCCGUGAAGAUAUUCAAGAUCCUUCAGAAGCCAAAUAUUUAAUUACUAAAUCUCAACAUUGUCU